AUGUGGAAACCAGUAGAUGUCCCCUUUCAAAACCCAUCACAACCGCUACCUACUCUACCAACAACAGAUGAAAUACGCGCCUGCACCAAUGUGUUAUGGGAAACACAGGCCUCAAAGAUUGUGGCCUUAAACGAUGAAAUUGUUGUGAAAUUCGGAACUUGCGUCGACAUCAGAGAAGGCCAAGCUUUGGUUUAUCUUGAACGAUACGUCCCAGAAGUUCCCGCUCCGCGUCUAUACGCGAUGUACUAUCCAGAUGACUCUAAACAACUUUUUCUGAUCAUACAACGCGCCCCUGGAGUUCAGCUAAAUGAUGUCUGGCCAUCACUGGAACCCUCUGAGAAAGACGACAUUAUUACAAAACUCGAACGAAUAUUCGACACUCUGCGCAAAGCUGAGUGUCCUUGGCCUGGCUUUUUUGGAGGGUUGGAUGGAGGUGGCAUACCCCAUUAUCUCUUCUAUAGCCAACAUGGUGAUAAGAAGUUUUUGGGGCCUUUCUCUGGUGAACCUGCUCUUGUUGCAGGCCUUGUUGGCAAUUAUAGAGCUUUGGUUGACCGCAAUAACCAUCCAGACUACAAGGCACGCUUUUAUGAAAAAUACUUCGGGCGUGUUCUGAAGGGUCACCGGCCUACGUUGACACAUGGGGAUGUUCAGCAAAAGAAUAUUAUUGUUGCUGAGAAUGGUCGCAAUGAUCAAGGUGGACGAUCGUUUGAUAUUGUACUGGUUGAUUGGGAGAAUUCAGGCUGGCUUCCUGAAUUUUGGGAAUUCUUUUGUGCCUCCGACCGGUUUGUUCUUCAGUGGGAUGAGGACUGGUCAUGGCGAGUCCAGGAUUUCCUUGAAGUAUUGCCUGCUGAAGUAGCCAUGAUGCAACUGAUUGAUACGGAAUUAGGAUAUUGA